AUGUUGAGCGUCGCCUCCGCAGGCCUGCAGGCUAAUACCUCCAAUAUUCCUUCCGCAUUUAGCGUCUAUAACAAGGAUUUUCUCAACAUCCUCGGCUCCGCGCCGAGACUGGAGCUCCUAGUUGAGAACCAUGAUUAUCCAUUCGCCCACGAGGCGAGCGUCUACAUCCCAUCAGAGGAUGCGCUGUUCAUGAGCAGCAAUAUCUUCACCGACCCCGUCACCAACGAAUCCACCAUCCAAGUCUCCCGGGUCAAUGUCAGCGCGCAUCCUGCCACCGCCGAGAUCAUCAACACCACCAUCCCCAUGGCCAACGGCGGUGUCAACCACGCUGGUGGCAUUCUCUGGUGUGGCCAGGGCACGUUGAACCAGUCCGGGGGCUUGUACCAGAUGUCCGCACAGGCGCCGUACAAGACGGAGCGGCUGGCCAGCGGCUACCACAGGCGCCCAUUCAACUCGAUCAACGACGUGGUUGUGGCCCGCGACGGCGCCUUCUGGUUCACGGAUCCGAUCUACGGCUCGCUCCAGGGCAUCCGCCCAGCGCCAAAACUGCCCAACCACGUGUACCGCUAUGACCCGGCGACCCAGGAUAUCCGCGUCGUGGCCGAUGGCCUGGGCCGCCCCAAUGGCAUCUCCUUCUCGCCGGACGAGCAGACCCUGUACAUCACCGAUACGGCGGAGACCGUAGGCGACGGGACCGAGGACGUGCUGCGACCGGCGACUAUCUAUGCAUUCGACGUCACCACCAUUCACGGGCAGCCCUUCCUGACCAACCGCCGCGUGUUCGCCAUGCCGGGCGAUGGUAUCCCUGACGGUAUCAAGGUAGAUCAGGAUGGCAAUGUGUAUGCUGGCUGCAAGGACGGAGUCAACGUCUGGUCGCCUGGGGGUGUUCUUCUGGGCAAGAUCCUCAUUGAGGACGGCACCUCGAACUUUUCGUUUGGUCAGAACGGGACCAUGUUCAUUCUCAAUGAGAACAAGCUGUGGAAGGCGCGGUUGAACCACAGCGUUCACGGCACGCUGCUGACGAAUUGA